UUUUCCGACCGGAGUUCAUUGUUUGGUCCUAAAACCCUUGAGACCUAUGUUUCGCCAUCGAGAUGCAGGAUUCGUUCCAUCAAUGUCCAUAGAUUACCUCAGUCAAAGUACGUAGACGGAGUUAGAUGGCUUCCUAUGAAUCGUUUCUUCACAGCAGCUUUCUACGAUCCAGACUAUGAAUCUUCAUCACUCGAGAUACAGUCUCUCGACCCGAACAGUAACCCUUUAGUCGAGUCGUUAUCAUCAUGGGCUUCACCUUCUCGCGUAUCGCCGCUGGAAAACGGUGGCUCCUUCAAACCUAUGGUUUCGGCGGCCACGUGUUCCGGUUCGCUCUACGUGCUGAUGGUUGAUCUUGUGGAAGGAGCGGAGAUCGAGGAGGUUUACGCGGUGGAAGGAGAGGGGUUUCACGUGGGACGCGUGGAAGGUGUGGAUUGGAGGGAAAGAUCAGGAGAGUGUGAUGAUGGGAGAGUGAAUGUGGUGACGGUUGAGAAUGGGGAAGUCUUUGAUGGGAAUGGGCUUGUGGGUUAUAGGGCUGUGAAGUGGGCUUCUCCGAGUGAGUUUGUCACUGGAGGUUAUGGUUUUGGUUUGCAGUUGUGGGAUCAGAGGAAGGGUGGUGAAGCUGUCUCGUAGCUCAAAGGGGACUGGUUGUCCACUCCAUUGACAUUCAUCCAUCUCGAAAGCACACUUGCAUUAUAAUAUGUUUCUGGUUUUCUUCUCUGGCACACAACAAAGAAACUGAGAUUGUGUUCAUAGAUGUUUGGAGACAAGUUUGAAUGUGUUUAUAGUCAACAAGUUAUCAAUUACAAUAUGCACAAACAGAGUUUGUAUUCUUUUUUAACUAAAGUUGUGACCU